AUGAAGGCGCAGGCAGCCGCUGCGCUGGUUGCCGGGCUUUUCGCCUACACCACAGCCGCGUCUACAGUGGCCUUGGGCGACUUGACUUUUGCAGCUCCCGAAUGUGACGACGGCGGCUCUGGUGCUAAUCUCGCCGACUGCAACACGGCAAUUCCACAGCUGCUGGCCGCGAACUGCUCUUGGGGCGUGUGCAGCAUCCCAGCAGCAGAGGACGGCGCCCAAGAGUCAGUCAUUUCUCAGCUGGUGGGACAAUGCGAGGUAUUCAUUGGCGCCUUUGCCAAUGGAGAUGCCGUCACCUUCAGCCAAGAGUCUGUGGAGAGCGCAUUCCCAACGUUUAUCAACCAAUGCUUUGGCCAUACUGGAGGCUUUGGCAACCCGCUUCAACUCACUACUGACGGAGUUAUUCGCAUUGGAUUCUCCAACGGCAUCCAGGGCGGUGGUGGUUAA